AAUACUAGUUUUGAUAACAUGUUUACUUUCCUAACUGUAAAUUCGACUCGCAACAUCGGCCGAGAAAGAUGCGCAAACGAAAACGUCACCCUACUGAAUAGCAUAAGUAGUUUUAUUUUAGGUUAUGUUUGAGUAAUUAUUGUUUACUAUUUUCCUUCAGUUGAAUUUGAUAUAGAUUUAUUAAGUAAAAUUAAAAAAAGCGUAGUUGACAACUUGAAAUAUCAAUAAUAAGAAAGUUUAGAUGUCAUCGGUGAAGAAGAACCGAAAUUGGUAUUAACUAUUUCAUAUAUGACAACCUUGCAGUGAAUAAACGAGCGCGACAUCGCUUUGUUAUGAUUAUGACUGUGUACGUGUAACAAAGUGAAGUGUGUAGUUCAGUGGCAUAAAAUCUCAUUGCUGAUAAACGUAAUUUUCAGUUAUAUUAUUGCGGUGCCGCAGUACGGUCGCUUUGUACCUAUAUAACAAGUGCUAAUUAAUGCCAACGGAAAUGGAAAGUGAACUCAAGAGUGAUAAAGUACCAAUCGCUAUCACACCUAGUGAUGAAAGAAUAAAUCGUUUAUCUCGUUUAUUUGAAGAUGAAUUUGGAAACAAGCCGUCAUUUUACGUGAGAGUUCCGGGACGUGUAAAUAUUAUUGGUGAACAUAUUGAUUAUUGUGGCUACCCAGUGUUGCCCAUGGCAUUAGAGCAGGACAUUUUAGUUGCGGCAAGUUUGAUACAAGAACCGGCAAUUUAUCUUCGAAAUGCCAACAGUAAAUACAAAAGUUUUAAUGCAAAAAUUACAACUUAUGAAGAGAUUAAGAUAACACCGGAUGGUGAUGGAAAACCAUUUUGGUAUAAUUACGUACUAUGCGGUAUAAAAGGGGGUUUAGAACAUUUGGAAAAUAAGAUGAAAAAUGGAUUACAACUUUAUAUUGAUGGAAAUAUUCCUCCAGCUUCUGGUCUUUCUAGUUCGUCGGCACUUGUAAGCGCUGCUUGCUUAUCAUUUUUAUACGCACAAAAUGUAUCUAUGAGCAAAACCGAAAUAGCGUCGUUGUGCGCUAAAAGCGAAAGAUAUAUCGGUACUCAAGGAGGCGGAAUGGAUCAAGCUAUUGCUUUUCUAGCAGAAAAAUACUGUGCACAAUACAUUACGUUUCAGCCACUCCAAGCAACAUCAGUGAGCCUUCCAGAAGAUGCUGUUUUCGUUGUAGCCCACAGUUUAGCUGAAGCCAACAAAGCAGCAACAAAUGAUUACAACCGACGAGUUAUUGAAUGUAGACUGGCAGCACAAAUAUUGCUUACACUAAACGGAAUACCAACUGAUAAAAAGAUUAUAACUCUUAGCGGAGCUCAUAACAAAAUCGGAAAAAGCUUAAAAGAAAUGAUACAGUUGGUGCAUACAUAUUUACCAAAAGACAUUUAUACAAAGAACGAAGUUUGCACCACUUUGAAGAUUGGCGAAAAAGAUUUGGAAAAUCUGUAUCUUACUGCAAAUACAAAGCAUAUCAAUGAAUUUAAAUUAAAGCAGAGAGCUCUGCAUGUUUAUGAAGAAGCGUUGAGAGUAGAGGAAUUUCGGAAUAUCUGCAACCAGUCUUCUGGUAAUGGCAAAGUCAAUGGUAAGAAUGGUCACACCACUAACGGAGAAUCGCAGAAUGAAACUUUGGCUAUUCUGGGAAAAUUGAUGUUAAAAAGCCAUGAAAGCCUAAAGAAUUUGUACGAAUGUUCUCAUACGAACUUGGACCGUAUUGUAGAAAUAUCUCAAAAAUUGGGAGUACAUUCACGAUUAACUGGUGCAGGGUGGGGUGGUUGCGUUGUAGCUCUUUGUCCAAAGAAUCUGUUACAAAAAUAUAUUGAGACAUUAAAAGAGGAAUUUUAUGAUAAGUAUUGCAAUAUAGAUAAGGGUAAUGCGCAUUUAUAUGUUUUCGCUACCACCCCUAACCAUGGUGCUAUAAUUUAUGAAAAUUAAUUAUGUAAUGGUAAUUCUUUUAAUGUAAUGCAAGUAAUAUAGACAUAGGUAUAAAUCGUUUUAAAUCUAGUAUUAUAUCAAACUUACCAUCGAAUGCAUUUAUAGUGCCAAUUAAUUAGGUCGUAAAUUUAUGUUGAGAUAUUACUUCCGUUUUU